AUGCACAUCAGUGUGGUCUUGAUUGUCACUCAGAUUCCUCAGAAUGUUGUAGGCCAUUUGCCUGGUGAUGCACAUCAAACUGCAAAAGAUGAUGUAAAUGGACAUAUAGACGCAACCAGUGGAGGAGUGGACCAUGGAGCAAGUGAAGGGACUGCAACACAUGGCCUCAUGCCCAGGACUGUGCCUAUGGCAUUUCAGGAUUUCACACAUUGUUUUGUGAAGCCAAUCCUAGACAGGAGGUAUUUUCUUCAAAAGAAUAUAGUGAGGAGAACAGAAGAAAGAAUAUGCAAAUCAGCCAAACCACUUUGGUUCUCAUCAUCAGAAGAAGAGGAGGAGGAGGAGGAAGGUCUGGACGACACCAAAAAUAAGCAGCCACAGAUAUUCUCUGAGGCUCAUCCGCAGAUGCUCAUAUCUCAAUCAUCUGGAGGGAAACAUUAUAGAGCAAAGGAGAAAGCAGUCGGACAUGACCAUGAUGUGGGAUCAAUCUGUUCUCACUCGAGGCGAUCACGAAAGUCUAAUCCAGUUACGCAAGAGAAUGCAGGAGAAGAGGAUGCACAAGAGGAACCAGCGUCCUACAGGGGUCUGAGUGUGUCCCACCAACGUGUCCAGGCCACAGUCCUGCAAUAUAAUAUCCUGAUUGGUGACGGUUACACACCCUCUGAGCUGAAGCCAGAUGCAUUGAGCUUCACGUGCCUUUGCAGAUCUGUUUCCCAGGGACACCCACCUGUGUUUGCUUUUGGAAUCUGAAGUGGGAACG